GCUCGGGCUGCUGUGACUUGGGCUCGGACAACACACGACCAGUCAAGCAUUCUAUAUAAACAUGGCGUCGGUGACGAGCCUCGACCAGGACAUGAAGAACCUGCGCAUGGGGAGAUACACGCCGCAGGCCGCCAACGAGGUGCGCGCGUGGAUCGAGGAGACGCUGGGUGAGCGGCUGCCGGCGGGAGACCUGCUGGAUGCGCUGAAGGAUGGGACGGUGCUGUGCAGGCUCGUCAACAUGGCGAUACCCACGCCCGUCCGCUCCAAGAAGUCCACCAUGCCGUUCAUCCAGAUGGAGAACAUCGCCCACUUCCUCAAGGCCUGCGAAAUGCCGCCCCUCAACAUGCCCUCGCACGACCGCUUCCUUACCGUCGACCUCUAUGAGAGCAAAGACCCGGCCCAGGUGCUGCAGUGCCUGACAGCCUUCUCGCGCGCCGCCAACCAGAUCAACUCGAGCAGCUUCCCUACGAGCAUUGGACCCAAGCGUGGCGGCAGCGUCAUGAGCCCAACAACGCCCUCAAGACCCGACUUCGGCAGGAGCUACGGCUCCUCGACUUUCAACCCAAUGAAGCCCCCGCCAGACAAGCCGAAGCCGCUCAGCCCCUCGCGCACCGGCGGCAGCAAUGCCUCCAGGAACUCGAAUGGCAUGCCCGUAUCGCCUCCCGGCGGUGUUAGUAGCUGGAGCAAGAAGGCAGAUCAGGGUGUUACAUCGCCAGCGUGGAACAUUCACCAGUACGGAUACAUGGGCGGCGCGAGCCAGGGCAAUCAGGGCAUCGCAUUCGGUGCGCGGCGGCAGAUCACGAGUGCAGGACCUCACGUGCCGAAUAUGGCGGAGAAGGAGCGCAAGCGGCGAGAGAAGGCAGAAGAGGAGGAACGGUUGAGGGUUGCUGCCGAGGAGGCCGAGAAGCACCGCCGCGUCGAGCGCGAAGCAGAGGAAGAGCGCCAGAGGGCUGAAGAGGAACGGCUAUGGGAAGAGGAGUCGCGCAAGCAGCGCGAAGCCAAAGAGCGUCGUCUUGGAGAGCAGAAACGGGAGUGGGAAGAGCAGGAACGGCAGUGGAAAAUGCAAGAAGAAGCGCGACAGAAAGAGGAGCGCGAAGCCCAGGAGGCCGCCGAAAAGGAAGUGCGACGAAAGCGCGCAGGCAGCGACGCCAGACUUCGAGGCCAGUACUUAUCCCAAUACCAGGCCGAGCAAAAACCGCGCAGCCGUCGAAACAGCCAAAGCGACGACCACCACAACGACCGCAUCGCCGAGCUGGAACGUCAGUUGGAGGAAGCUAAAGAGCGCGAACGCCAAUACCAACACGAGCGCGAAAGCCGUAAACAACGCGCCCGCUCCAAGUCCCGCACCCGCGAGCGCUCCAAGAGCCGCUCACGCCCUCAAACACCGCCCCGCGCGCCCUCGCCACAGGAGAGCAAUGUAUCCUGGGCCCAGGCAGAUGACCGCGCCUAUUUGCGUGACGCAUGGACCGCGAACCAGCACGAACCUGCACGUCCGAUUCACACACCCGAGCCAGCGUUCUCGUCUUCCACGAGCUCGAGACCACUGCCCGAGCCCGCGUCUCCACGUCCGCUGCCUGAUCCCGCGGCUUACAUGAAGCAAUCUCAGGGCUCCGGCGCGCAGAGCAGAACGGACCGCUAUCUCGCUUCAAACCCUGCUCCAAUACCUCCCAAACCGUCGACCUACGCGCCGCAGGAGUCGACUAGCACGAAUGAGCAGCGCGCUGAGGACGCGAGGCGUAAGGCGAGUCAGCAGACCACCAAGGACCGCGGCUGGGCGUCUAAAUCCCUACUGGAGCGCGAAAUGGAGCGUGAACGCGAACGCCAGAAGGAGUGGGAGCAGUCGCAAAGGGAGCUGCAGAAUGCUGCUAAGGACAUCAAUGCUGGUACUGGAGAAGGACAAUCAUGGGACGUCAACCAGUAUGGCUACAUGGGCGGCGAUAGUCAAAACAGGGGAGGUAUUAGUUUUGGGGGGAAGAGACAGAUUUUGGGGCCACGACCCUUCGGGCCACGGUAGGUGGUGUGUGGGGAAAAGAUAGUCCGAGGAUGGAGGAGGACGAAACAUGGAUGAGUUGAGUCGUGGGAAUAGAUAUAGUGUUAGCGAGCAAUAAUACCAGUCUUAGAUCUACG